UCCAGACUCGAUCCCAGGACCCUGGGAGCAUGACCUGAGUUGAAGGGAGAUGCUUCACCCACUGAGCCACCCAUGAGUCCCCAUACUUCCCAAACUCUUAUGCCUAAGGGCUGAGGCUCAGAUGCAGAAGAAUGUAUUACUUGACUCUCUCCUGGUACCUCUCUGGAUGCCAUGGAAGAGAAGGAGAAAGGGUCAUUUAGCUACCUUAGAGUUGUUCUUUGCUCAUCUCCUGAAGGCUCAGAGGAGCCUCCCCCCCAAAUCUCCUUGAUCCUCUUGACCUCUGUCAUUAACACAUUAACCAGCGGAAAUGUCGCCCCUGGUGGCUAACAAAGCAAGGCAUAUAACAAGAGACUAUGAGGCCUAGAGUCCCACCCAUGCCAGGCACCUAUGUUUUUGCUCCAGCCUGACCCUCCGUCUCCUGACCCCUUCCUUCCCACAAAACCUACUUGGACAUGUUACAGCAUCUUAGGCUUCACUUGUUCAAAAUGGAGCUUUGGAGACCUCUCUGUAGCACAGCUUCUCCACCAGAUUCUCUGGCCUGCCUGAAUGGCACCCUCCACCCACCAACACCUGAGCAUCCUUGAUUCUUCUCUCUUCCUCACUUCCCACAUCCGCAGCACACCAGGAACCCAAGCACCUCUCACCACCUCCAAGGGCAGCAUUCCCGCCAUCCCCAUCCUGCGGCCCCUUCCUUUAGCCUCCUGAUUUGUCUCCCUGCUUCCAUUCUGGCCCCUCCACAGUCCAGGUUUUCACAACUACCAGGGAGGUCUUUAACAAAAGUUCAGGCCUCUCCCUUCCCUGCUCAGAACCCCCUGAUGACCUCCCAUCUCACUCCAAAAAACCCCCCCCAAAACAACCCCCAAAGUCCUUUCCUGCAACACCCCACAUGAGCCACCUCUCCUAACCUCCUUGAUCUUGAUCUCUGCCCCUCCCCCUAGCUUUCUAAACCUGGACCCCCCAGACCUGUUUUCUGUUCUUCAAACAUGCCAAGCUCAUUUAUGCCUUAGGACUUCUAAUUUGCUGUGCCGCCCUCCAACCCCCACCCCCAGGACUGAUCUUGUUACAGCCCAGAAGGCCUCAGCUCAAAUGUCAGGGAUUCAGAAAGACUUCCCUGACCGCCUCCAUCCAUGCAACAUACCUUUCUCCAGGGGUUCUGUCUCAUUACCCUGCUUUAUUUUCUUAAGAUUAAUAUCUGAAAAUCUUAUUUAUGUAUAUGUUUACUGAUUUGUUAUCUGUCCCACCCCAAUAGAAUAUAAAUUGGAUGAUGGCAGAGAUCUUGUCCCUCUUAUUCCCUGCAGCUCUCCCUGAGGGGGGAGGCAGGUAAGAAACUCACAGACAACCCCAUCUAUAAUUGCAAAUUGUGCCUUUUUACCCCCCCCUCUCCAUUUGUCCUUUUAUGGGCCAGAACCCUCCGUCACUUCAGAACCUAGACAGCGAUGACGUUUGCCGAGGAAAAGACUUACGAGUAUAUCCGCCACCAUUACAGCAAUUUUGUUGACCGCAUUCAUGUUCUGGAGAUACUGCCUUACCUGUCCUGCCUCACCACAAGUGACCAGGACCGACUGCGGGCCUCUUGCCAGCUCUCUGGGAACCAGGGCACCCUCUGGGAGCUCUUCAACAGCCUUCGGCGGCGGAUCGGCUGGGUGGAGUCCCUUAUCAGUGCACUGAGGGCCUGUGAGCUGGUGGAUCUUGCUGAUGAAGUGGCUCGCAUCUACCACAGCAACCUGCCCGGGGUUCGGAACCGGCCUCCAGCCCCAGUGGAGCCACAGUUAGUUCCUGCUGAGGUUCCACGGUCCUCUAGACCUGCUGUGGCCCCCAGUGCCCCCCACAAUGGCUACAGAGAGGAGGAGCCAAGUUUCCCCUUGUCAGUCCAGGACACCCAGCCACCAGAAUCCCCGGAAGAGAGUUCAAAGAAGGUCCCACGGAUGCCCCAUUCAGGGGCUGUCCUGAGGAGGCCAGCUGGCCCCCUGGAAUCGUCCUCUGACAUGGCGGCCUUCAGCCCUCUGACCUCCAGUGGACAUGAAGAGCUGGACACAGAACUAGGCGGUGCCCACACACCAGGCACGGCCUCCAGCCUCCCCUCAUCCCGUGGGCCUGUGUCUCCAUCUGUCUCCUUCCAGCCCCUGACCCGUUCCACCCACAGGGCGAGCCGUUUGCCUGCACCCUCCGUGUCAGUGCCAUCUGCUGGCACCUCCUCCUCGUCCACGGGCUUGGCUUGUGCCGGGGGUGCUGGUGACCACCGUGAGGCCGGCGUCUGCUCCGCGGGGGCUGGGGUGUCCACAAGCUCACUGACCACCAGCACUGCGUCCUCCAGGGUUCCUGCCAGCUCAGCACUUGACAGAACAGUGCCUUUCAAGUUGCCUGCCAGCUCAAAACCCUCAGGGACAGUAGCCACUACUGUGCUCACAAGUCUGCCACCGUCCAAACUACCCAUCAACUCAGUGCGUGCUGGCACAGCAGCACCCAGAGUGCCCACAGGCUUGGUGCCUGAGCCCAGGAUGUCCACGAGCAUGGUGCCCAGCAAGGUGCCUGCCAGCACUGUGCCCACCGUCAGGAGCCACACACCUUCAGGGGAGACUGCGGGAGCUCCAGGGCCCACCAUCUCCACCAGAGACAGCUUGCCUGAGCCAAACCCCAGCUCUUCUGGCUGGGAGUCCGAGUUGGAGCUGAGCAAGCCAGGCUGUCUGGCCUCCCGGGUGGACAGUGAGCCGUUCUCGGGCUGCUCUGCGGACCUGGCCCUCAGCUACAGCAAGUCCUUGGACGCGGGGCCUGACAAUGCCCCAGAGGAGAACGAGUACCAGUCAGUGGAUUCCAUUAGGAUCCAAGUGACCCAGGACCCCAGUGUCGACCUGCUGGAGGGAAAUCCUGGGCCGUGUGCCACCCCGGAGCCCCUGGGGGAGGAGGAGUACAUCCAGGUCAGCGCCUGGGCUCCGUGGCUCAGGGCAGCUGCUACUGGGGUAUUCCUGGCCUUGUUCCUGACAGUGGUCUACAGGCGGCGCCUGCUCCAGUGAAGCCCCUGGGCCCUCUGUGCUGGGAAUCUGCUCCCUUUCCCAGAGGACAUCCAGCCCAAGCACGGACUGUGCUGUCUUCCUGCCUUGUCCCUUUUGUGGGGCUGGUGGAGCCUGGGUCAGAGGGAAGCCAGGGGGCCUCAGGCCACAUUUCUGUCCCAGCUCAUGCCCUCUCCAUGUGCUACAGACCUUGCCUACCCUGCAAUCUGGAUUAUUACCUUCAUUCUCUGGAGGAGGUGAGGUAUCCCCAUCCAGGCUGUAUACCCAUUUGUCUGAGUCCACAGAUCAGGAGGUACCACUGGUUGGCAAUGCCCCCCAUCCUGCCCCUGUGCUGGGUGGCUAGCAGAUGUGCGGCAGUGGUGGCGGCGGGGUGGGGCGGACCUCCACAGGACCUUGCUCCAGACCCCAAAAGCCCAGCCAUUACUCCAGGAGCAUCAGGGUGGUCCAUCUCCAGGGACAUGGCUGCUUGUGGUCCCUCAAGAGGUGGAGGAGGUCCAGACAUUCUCCUGGACCCUGGGGAAUAUAAGCUGCUCGGCUAAGGACUGCCUCUGAAGCCUCUCUCCAGCCUCCUCACCCCCCUCUUCCUUUCCUUCCUUUCUGGUCUCCAUGCUCUUUAGCUCGGAGGGGGGCGAAUUUGGGGAGGAGAGGCCUGCCAGGCAGAGCUCAGACCAAGGUUUGGAUUUCAGCUCCACCCCUUCCUGGGCUGUGUGGCCUUGGCAGAUGGUCAGACUUCUCUGGUCUUGCUUCCCCACAUGGACAGUGAGUAUCAUGGCGCAUCUCCACUGGGUUCUUCUGAGAUUGAAGCACACAGU